UUGCAUCCGCGAAGUCGAAGUCGAAGUCUGUUGGUUCAUUCUUUUCCAAAAGGGUUUUACAAAAGUUUCGUUUUCGUUCGGAAAAUGAUCAAAUAUUCCUCCAAAUUACAAUCCACGGUAAAAAACUUACGUGGAUUGUAUACUUCCUCGAUAAAACUUAGUGACAACCUUUUCGUUCAUCGUGACACUCCCGAAGAUAAUGCCUCCAUUCCGUUCGAAUUUACAGAAGAGAAUAAAAAGCGGGUUAAGGCCAUCCUUAACAUCUACCCGGAAGGUCAUAAGCGCGGCGCAAUGAUUCCGCUGCUUGAUCUGGCUCAGAGGCAACACGGUUGGCUUCCAAUAUCGGCUAUGCAUAAAGUUGCAGACGUAUUGGGGCUACCGAAUAUGAGAGUUUAUGAAGUGGCCACAUUUUACACAAUGUUCAUGCGUAAGCCGACGGGAACGUAUCACGUGCAAGUGUGUACUACAACGCCAUGCUGGCUGCGUGGGUCGGAUAAAGUUUUGCAAACCUGCAAGCAAAAGCUUGGAAUCGAAGUUGGAGAAACAACAAAAGAUGGAAAAUUCACCAUUUCUGAAGUAGAAUGUUUGGGAGCAUGUGUAAAUGCACCGAUGAUUGCAGUGAAUGACGACUAUUACGAGGACUUGUCCGCCAAAGAUACCGAAGAAAUUUUGGACGACUUGAAGCAAGGAAAAGUGCCAAGACCGGGACCCAGGAAUGGUCGUUUUGCAUCGGAACCUUUUGGCGGUUUGACAUCGUUAACUGCCGAACCGAAAGGACCCGGUUUUGGUUUGCAAGCUGGACUUUAAUUAACUUUUUAGGUAGCCUGUUAUGCUUUGUUAGUGAAUAAAUUUUGAAGUGAUUCAU